AUGGAGAAGCAGGACGUGAUCCUCUCCACACUGGCCGACCAGACAGCCGGCAAGACGGGACCGAUGCAGGCCGAGCGGUUCCCCGUGCCGUGGACACGCAACCGGUCCUUCAUAGGACGCGAGUCCAUCCUGGCCGAAAUCCAAUCCCACUUGGCCCCGGACAGCGAGGGAGCGGGCUCCCACCAGCUCUCUGUUGCCAUCUGCGGGUUAGGGGGCGUCGGCAAGACCCAGAUUGCCCUAAAGUAA